GGCGGUAGAGCUCAGGGAAAAAACCAAACCAAACCAAACCCACCUUGAAAUUGGCAAGGGAUGAGACCCACGAACAGGAGCAGGAGCAGGUUGGGAUUCUGACAUGUUGGGAUUCACUGAAGAGGUAUUCCUGGUCCUGAUUGUCAUUGAGUUUAUCCUCGGAAAUCUGGUGAAUAGUUUCAUUGGGUUGGUCAAUGGCAGCCACUGGUUCAAGAGCAAGAAAAUGUCUUUGUCUGACUUCAUCAUCACCGUCUUGGCUCUCUUCAGGAUCUUUCUGCUGUGGAUCAUCUUUAUUGAUGGCCUUAUAAUAGUGUUCUCUUACCACACCCAUGACUCAGGGAUAACAAUGCAGCUUAUUGAUGCUUUGUGGACAUUCACAAACCACUUCAGUAUUUGGCUUAUCUCCUGUCUUGGUGUUUUCUACUGCCUGAAAAUAGCCAGUUUCUCCCACCCCACAUUCCUCUGGCUCAAAUGGAGAGCUUCCAGAGUGGUUGUUGGGAUGCUGUGGGGUGCACUGCUCUUAUCCUGUAUCUGUACCGUAUCUCUGAUGAAUGAAUUUCAGAUCUAUUCUGUCCUCAGUGGAAGCAGAGGCACAUCAAAUGUGACCGAAUACUUCAGAUUGAAGACAAGGGAAUACAAUCUGAUGCAUGUUCUCGGAAAUCUGUGGAAGCUUCCUCCCUUAAUUGUUUCCCUGGCUGCCUACUUUCUGCUCCUCCUUUCUCUGGGGAAGCACACACAGCAGAUGCAGCAAUACAGUAUUAGCUCCAGAGAUCAGAGUACUGAGGCCCACAGAAGAGCCAUGAGAAUCAUCUUCUCCUUCCUCUUCCUCUUCCUCAUCUAUUUUCUCUGCUUUCUAGUUUUGUCAUUCAGCCGUUUCCUACCAGCAACUAAGAUUGCCAGGAUAAUUGGUGUAGUAAUUGCCAUGUCUUACUUUGCUGGGGACUCAUUCAUUCUCAUUCUGUGCAACAACAAGCUGAAGCGGACAUUUGUGUCAAUGCUUCCACAUGAGUGUGGUCACCUGAAGCCUGGAUCUAAGGGUCCCUUUGCUCCAUAG